UUCCUCCUCCUUUUUUGUCUUCUUGGAGAUACUGACAAGAAACCAACUUGGUCAAAUCCGAAGCUUUUGCGUUCUGGGUCUCGACGAAAAUUAGGGUUUCCUUUUUGUCCCCCCCCCCUCUCUCUCUCUCUCUGAAAUCUACUUUGGAAAGGGAGAAAAUUUGGGGUUAGAAGGUCAACGAGAAUAGCCUGAAAUUUUGGGGGCUUUCUUUGUCAUGUUCCUUAAUUUCUCUCUCUCUCUCUCUCUCUCUCUCUCUCUCUCUCUCUCUCUCUCCCUCAUCUGACAGAAGCAUUUCUUCUGGAGAGAAUCAGAGGUUUCUGGAUGAAGGGAUGAGUGACAUUGUAUUUGAAAAGGGAGACCUUUCUCCUUCUUCCUGCUCCCAAUCCACAAAUACACCAGAAAAGAUACCAUUUUUUUUUUCUGGGCAUUGCUUGAAACGUGAGAAACUUGAUAAACAAGCAAAGGGAAUCAAAUAUAAGAAAGGGAAAAUGAACGGGCAUGGUGAUAUUGGUCUGUGCGGGGAGAUUUUCGAUCCGACCUUUCUGGAGAGAAUCAGAGACGACGAGUAUGAGAACAGGUCAGGAAGCGACAACCUCGGUUCAGUGUCUGCUGAUGAUCAAGAGGCAGGAGGAGGACAAGAACAUCACCACCCGAAGAAGAAGAAGAAGAAAUACCACAGACACUCUCCUUACCAGAUUCAAGAACUCGAAUCUCUCUUCAAGGAGUGUCCUCAUCCUGAUGAAAAACAAAGGCUGGAACUUAGCCGAAGGCUCGGCCUGGAGGGUAACCAGAUCAAGUUCUGGUUUCAGAACAGAAGAACUCAAAUGAAGACGCAGCUUGAACGCCAUGAGAAUGCGAUUCUGAGAGAAGAGAAUGAGAAGCUGAUUGCGGAGAACAAUUUGCUGAAAGUGGCGAUGAGAAGUCCUAUGUGCAAUGUUUGUGGCGGGCCAGCUGUUCCGGGUGAAGUUACAUUCGAGCAGCAGAAUCUUGGAAUCGAGAAUGCGAGAUUGAAAGACGAACUAUCCCGGGUUUGCGGUUUGGCAAACAAGUUCCUCGUCGGACCAGUUUCUGCCUUGGCCGGUCCAUUCCCUCGGCCAUCUGUCUUAGAUGCCUUGUAUUCGGGAUUUCCAGUGGGAAGAACUGGUGGAACUGGCAUUGAUUUCAGCGAUGGACCGGCUCCAAUCAAACCCGAGGUUGGAAAUGAACUGAUGUACGAGAGAUCAAUGUUUAUCGAUCUUGCCUUGGCGGCCAUGGAUGAGCUGAUUAAGCUGGCAGAUUCAAACUAUCCACUUUGGAUCAAAUACCCGAACAGCGAGAAAGAGGCGCUGAACCAUGAUGAAUAUAGAAGGGUUUUCUCUGGCACGAGCUGUAUAACCUCUGCAGGGUUUGUAGCCGAGGCUUCAAGGGAAACCGGUUUGGUUCUCAGCAACAGCUUGGCUCUGGUCGAGACACUGAUGGAUGCGAACCGGUGGACAGAGAUGUUCGAGUCGAUCGUGGCUACAGCGUCGACCAUCAAAGUGAUAUCGAGCGGUACUGGUGGAACCAUGGACGGUUGGCUUCAACUGAUGAGAGCAGAGUUUCAAGUGAUAUCGCCAUUAGUUCCAACCAGACAAGUGAAGUAUCUUAGAUACUGCAAGCAACAGGAAGAGGGUUUAUGGGCAGUGGUUGAUGUUUCUUCCGACAUUAACGGAGAAGAUCCGAACUUGCAGUCUUAUGUUGGCUGUAGGAGGCUCCCUUCAGGCUGCAUUAUACAGGACAUCGGAAAUGGCUGUUCCAAGGUUACAUGGGUGGAACACUCGGAGUAUGACGAGAGUAACGUUCACCGACUUUUCCGACCAUUGCUCAGCUCGGGCCGUGGUUUCGGGGCGGAAAGAUGGCUCGUCACUCUUCAGAGGCAAUGCGAGAGCUUCCAGACGAUUCUGUCUUCUCUCGAUGAUCCUAUCGACAAUCACACAGGUUUGUCGCCAGCGGGAGAGAAGAGCAUACUGAAGCUAGCGCAGCGGAUGGCGGUCAACUUCUAUGCGGGCAUCUCGAGAUCGUCGGUACGGAAGUGGGACAAGCUUCUCGUGGCGAAUGUAGGCGAAGACAUGAGGAUACGGACCCGGAAGAACCUGAUCGACCCAGGAGAGCCCUCGGGCAUCGUUCUUAGCGCUGCAACGUCGGUCUGGCUUCCCCUGGAUCCGUGGAGGCUCUUCGACUUCCUCCGCGACCCGAAAUGCCGAAACCAGUGGGAUAUUUUGUCGAACGGAAGCUCGAUGCAGGAGAUGAUCCGCUUACCAAAGGGACAACAUCAAGGAAACUGCGUCUCUGUUCUCCGUACUUCUGGGAUAGAUCAAGCCGAAAGCACUAUGCUGAUCCUGCAAGAGACUUGGACCGACGCCUCGGGUUCCCUGGUGAUGUACGCUCCCGUCGACGUCUCGUCGAUGAAUGUGGUCAUGAACGGUGGGGAUUCGGCUUACGUCGCUCUUCUUCCAUCUGGGUUCUCGAUAUUACCCGACGAUGGGGGAAUGAUGAAGCCCGAGAGCGAUGGGUUCGGCGGCGGCGGAAGCGGAUGUCUCCUGUCUAUCGGGUUUCAGAUACUGGUGAACAGUUUACCGAACGCCAGGUUCAACGUGGAAUCGGUCGGCACAGUGAACAACCUCAUCUCUUGCACCAUUGACAAGAUCAAAGCUGCUCUUCAGUAGCUAUCACUUUAGCUAAAAAGGGUAUAGGAGAACAACAGAAGAAGAGGGAUCUUCCGAGUCGAGAUGGCUGAUUCCCGAGUCAAGAACGAACCAUGGGUGUUUUUUUCCCUUUAGGUUACGGUUUUUCCGUUCUGUUAUUUGUCUGAAACUUGUGAUGGUUCGGGCAUUGACUCGUUCUCGGAUGCCAUUCUCCCGGUCAUGUCCCCUCGGACGUUUUGGCAAAAAAACAGUUAAUGUUCCUGCUUUUAA